AUGGGUGAAGUAAAGAACAUGGAUAUGGAUAUGGAGGAGAGACGGACUGAAGGACCUUUCAAGCCAUUAACUGGGACAGAAGUUGACAGAAGCAAUGAAAUUAGAAGAGUAAUGGUUCCAGAAAAUAGGAUGACUCCAUUAAAAAACCAGUGGAUUAAUAUUGUGACUCCUUUAGUAGAGCAUAUGGGACUACAUGUGAGAAUGAAUGUUAAGAGAAGAUGUGUAGAACUUAAGUAUGGACCAGACUGUACUGAUAUUGGAUCUCUUCAAAAAGGAGUUGAUUUUAUCAAAGCUUUUCUUCUUGGGUUUGAGCUUCAGGAUGCCAUUGCUCUUUUGAGAUUAGAUGAUCUUUAUAUAGAAAGUUUUGAAAUUAAGGAUGUUAAGAGACUAAACGGUGCACAUUUGUCACGUUGUAUUGGGAGAAUUUCUGGGAGAGACGGUAAAACUAAGUAUGCUAUUGAGAAUUCAACCAGGACUAGGAUAGUUUUGGCCGGACAAAAGCUCCAUUUAAUGGGAGCUUUUCAUAAUAUUAAAUUAGCCAGAGACGCUUUAUGUAGUUUAAUUUUGGGAACUCCUCCUGGAAAGGUUUAUAACCAUCUUAGAAUAGUUUCAAAGAGAGUUCAAGAGAAGCUUUAA